CACUGCCUAGGAAUUUAGUUUAAUAAAAGAACCCUUCCGCUGCAGAAUGAAGUUAUUAUUGGCGUUCAUUUUAUACCUUCGUCUGGAGCCAUUGAGCUGCCAAACGACUGUAUCCACUGAGGCUAAAAAGCAGGCCCUUGAAAUCGAUAUUAUGAUAAAAGCUGAAUUUGAAAAUAUCCAAGGAUAUGCCCACGACAAUGUGGAGUUCAAGGCUUUUCAUAAAUUUCUGCACGAAUCACUAACAUGGGGUGCCAAUCGUAAUCAACAGAAGCUAAAGAAUCUCCAACAAUUUCAGAAGUAUAACAUGGCAAGAUUGGAUCUGGAGGACCAACUUUGGGAGCGUUGCAAUGAUCUACAACUGAAGAUUAGGGGACACUGUUACCAGUUCUAUAGACAGCUGCGAGAGGAAUGUGUUAGGGGUCUCACAAAAUCAAACACAUAUAAGCAGGGAAUGAUUGAGAAAGUUAAACAUUUGAUAUGUGAUAAAAUGAUUAAAGGCAAAGAGGCUGACUAUGGCUAUGAGUAACGCAAUUUGGAGAUGAUCGAAACUGUCCUGAUGAAGAAUUUGCCGAACGGUACUUUGAAAUAUCAGUAUCAUUAUCCAAUGUAUAAAAUGUAUAUGAUUCAUAGUUGUUUGAAUAAAUGUUUCUUUUUCAACUGGUA